ACAAUUACCCCACCUUGAUCUUACCUCACCACCACAAGCCUGUACUCAUACUUGGCAUUACAACUCCCAACGCCGCAUUUGGCAGGUCCCUCUACCUUCACCUCGAGCGAAUACUCAAUUCCAAAAAUCGUUAAGCCGUGAAUACCCUCGAGCUCACACGAUCCGUUCCAUCGAUCGCAACCUUCGAGAGCUGUCAACGAAGAGGUUACACCAAGGGACAAGAUGGCAGGCAUAGAUGUGCAGAAAGUGCUCAAGGGCAAGUACCCAGCGAAAGAGCACGCGAAGAGGGUCGUAGAAUGGAUGCAAAGGAACAAGGACGGAGAUGGAGAAGUAGGAGGGGUGCUGUACCUCGAGGGGCAGAAGACAAAAAUGAUCGAAGACAACGACGAAGCUGCUCCCUUCAGACAACGACGAUACUUCUACUACCUCACCGGCUGCGACCUCCCAGACGCCUACUACACAUACGACAUCAACAGCGCCAAAUCAACCCUCUACAUCCCGCCCAUCGACGCCGACUCCGUCAUCUGGUCCGGCCUGCCGCUCUCCGAAGAAGAAGCCCUCUCAAAGUACGACGUCGACGCCGUCCUCACCACCGACCAAGUAAACGCCUCGCUCGCGCACCCGCGCGGGUCCUCCCCCUCCUCCGUCUGGGCGAUCGCCAACCAGGUCUCGGACCACAUCACCUUCCUCGAAUUUUCGCACAAGGAUUUUAGCUUGCUGAAACUUGCUAUCGAGGAAUGUCGCGUGGUGAAGGAUGAGUACGAGAUUGCGCUGACGUUGCACGCGAAUGCGAUUUCGACCAUCGCGCAUACGGAGGUGUUGAGGAGGGUUAAGAGGGCGAGGAAUGAGAGGGAGUUGGAGGCGAUGUUUAUUGAGAGGAGUAUUGCGAAUGGGGCUAGGGAACAGGCGUAUCAUUCUAUUGUGGCGAGUGGGACGGCGGCGGCGACGUUGCAUUAUCAGAAGAAUAGUGAGGGCUUGGAGGGGAAGUUGAAUUUGUUGCUUGAUGCCGGGGCGGAGUUUGGGUGUUAUGCUAGUGAUAUUACAAGGACAUUUCCCAUCUCAGGAACUUUCAGCAAGGAAAGUUUGGCGAUCUACAACAUAGUACUGGAGAUGCAGACCGUUUGCACAAACGUGCUUAAGGAAGGAGUAGUAUGGGACGACGUCCACCUCAAAGCCCACGAAAUCGCCAUCGAUGGCCUCCUCAAACUCGGGAUCUUGCAAGGCGAGAAAUCAGAUAUCCUGAAGUCGAGAACCAGCGUAGCAUUCUUUCCCCACGGUUUAGGGCAUUAUUUAGGAAUGGAUACCCACGACACGGGCGGCCAUCCUAACUACGAGGACAAGGACUCGAUGUUCCGGUACUUGAGAGUCAGGGGAAAACUUCCAGCAGGAAGUAUCAUUACCGUUGAACCUGGCAUCUAUUUCUGCCGCUUCAUCAUAGAGCCCUACCUCAGAGAUCCAGUCCACUCGGCGUACAUCAAUUUCGAAACCCUGAAUCGCUAUUGGGAGGUCGGAGGCGUGAGGAUCGAGGAUAAUAUUUUGAUUACGAGGGAUGGGUUCGAGAAUUUGACGACGGCGGUUAAGGAUGUGGGGGAGAUGGGGAGGAUUAUUAAUGGAGAGUGAGUUGGGGGUAAGAGGAGAGAUAGGGCGAAGAGUAUGCAUGAAUAAAUCUUCCAAAAGUCUCAUCCCCCCCCCUGGUUAUCAGUCGUGGUGAAGUGAUGAACCCUUGCGGG